AUGGACGCGCUUCACGACGGAGACAUCUACGAAUACGAUGCGCACAAUUUAUUUGGACACAUGCAGUCCAUCGCCACGCGAAAGGCGCUAGAGUCCUCACGCGGCAAACGGUCGUUUAUCAUCACACGCUCGACUUUCCCUGGUACGGGACAACACGCAGGGCAUUGGACAGGAGACAACCAUGCCACUUGGGAAGACAUGUGGCUGAGCAUCUCAGCUAUCCUCAACUUCAAUCUGUACCAGAUCCCGCUGGUGGGAGCGGAUAUAUGCGGCUUUCAUAAUGAU